UCUGCUUCCUGGGGUUCAAUAAUGACUCCAUCAAUUUUUCAGAUAUUAGUGCAAGCAAAAAAGGCCCGUUCUCUCCUUGAUAGAGGCAAGAAAUCAAACGCCAAGAAGGGCCAACCGUCCAAGCACGGUGCAUUUGCAUCGUCAUCAACUUCGGUAGCAGAUAAAUUCAAUCCUGUACCAACUUCUUCGCCCUGGGACCUGCUACCUGUCGAAAUCCAAAUAAAAAUAUUCGCCCAUUGUGGUGUCAAGGAUCUGCUACCCUUGAGACUCGUUUGCCGAUCAUUUCAACAACUCCUCAAAUACCAUGAACCAUCAAUAUCUCGGGAAUAUCUCCGCCAACGUCGACAUGGAACACUUCCAUCACCAAUUGACAGCGAGCGAUCAUAUACGCGAAACCCCGAGGACGAUGUAGUACUCCUGUCGGACCUUUUCCCACCCGCAAAGAGCGCCAAAGGUGGUCACCUAUACACAUUUAGAUAUGUGCACAGCUUGCGACGCCGGCAGAAGCUCUGCUCGAGGCUUUGCUAUUAUAUCGCCGGCAGAAUCAUGGAUCGAUUCACGAACAGCGAGCCUGUAUUCAUGAAAAACAUGUUCCCGUCAAAGAACGAGCGACAAGCUCUUGUCCAGCGAGGGGUGGCAAGCCUCUGGUUCAACCUCAUACCUCACAUGUAUUACGCCCUCUAUUUCCUUGAAACAUACUCUCUAGCUAGACGAGAGCAGACGAACACUCUUCUGCACGAUUUCGAGGCUGGACGAAUUUCGCUCCCUAUAUCUCCGGAAGCACGCAAUUCAAUGUACCGAGAACUGCAACUUAGAAUUCUGCAAUCACCUCCUUUUACAGACACGUCUACCCUCAUUUCUACACAUCACUGCAUGGACCUCCUUGUUUCCUAUCUACGAAAUACCGUACCGCCUGGUGAGCCCGGGGAACUAGACGACAGCUUCAUCGGCUCUCUGCUCACCGUUUCGCCGUUUGUACGGGUGGUGGAAUUCUUCUCCGCCGAGAUUGGUGAUGGUGGCGGUCGGCGAAUGCAGCGCAAGGAUUUCAUGUACAACUUUCAGAAUGACAUAACGUUGAACGAAAAGGAUGAUAUGAAUACAUUGGUUUUUGGAAGCGGAUCCACCAGGAAUAUGCACUCUUCAAUUCGAGAUAUUUGGUUUGAUGUUGCCAUGUUGGAGCUGUUCCAGAGGAAAGCCUUCCCACAUGACCCGGAGAAGAUAUUAGUGUGGAAUGAUAUACCCGUGAUAUUUGGGUGUUCAGAAUGCCGUCAACAUAUAGGAUGGCCAGCAUGAUCUUCUACUUAUUGUUUAUUUGAUCGUUUUCAGGCGGGAAAAUCUCGGUGCACGGCGUUCUCUUGUUCGGGGCAUAUAUCAUGGGACGGGUACAUCAUUGGAGGAAUCACAGUUGUUAUAGACAUUUCUAUUUCAAGUUAUUGAAGGAUAUUUUGGGGUUAGCAAACAAAUUUAUGGGCAAGCAAGUAAGAUGUCAAUACAUGUAGUCGAAUAAGCUACGCAACCCUAAGCCCUAUAUAGUCCCCUUUUGGGAAAUGCUUUGUUUGCCAUGUUUGCGCGAUGGCGUCGCGUCUCCCAGUCCAACUCAAGUCCAAC